AGGCAUGUCGGGAAAUUGAUGCUCAGCUUCUCUGAGGCGCGCUGAACUACACCUCCCAUGAUGCCGUGCGCCGCCCCUGCACACAUGGGCGGGUCCUUACGGCGCUGCCACCAGUGACCACAUUUUCAUCAUGUCGUCCGGCUGCAAGAUUGGUCCGUCCAUCCUGAACAGCGAUCUGUCCCGUCUGGCGGCGGAAUGUGACCGUAUGCUGCAGAGCGGGGCUGACUACCUGCACCUGGAUGUGAUGGACGGACAUUUUGUUCCUAACAUCACAUUUGGACAUCCGGUGGUAGAAUGCCUACGCAAGCAACUUGGAAACGACCCAUUCUUUGACAUGCACAUGAUGGUGGCUAAGCCAGAGCAGUGGGUGAAACCUAUGGCAGCUGCCGGUGCGAAUCAGUACACCUUUCACCUGGAGGCUACAGAAAACCCCGGAAUUCUCAUUAAAGACAUACGAGAAAGUGGCAUGAAGGUGGGAUUGGCUAUAAAACCAAAUACUACAGUGGAGUUUCUUGCACCAUGGGCAGGUCAGAUUGAUAUGGCCUUGGUUAUGACUGUGGAGCCUGGAUUUGGAGGUCAGAAGUUCAUGGAUGACAUGAUGCCAAAGGUGCAGUGGUUAAGGUCACAGUUCCCUUCACUGGAUAUAGAGGUUGAUGGUGGUGUUGGACCAGACAAUAUACACAGAUGUGCUGAGGCUGGAGCAAAUAUGAUCGUAUCUGGCAGUGCAGUUAUGAAAAGUGAUGACCCGCGCAGUGUGAUCAAUCUGCUCAGAAAUGCCUGCUGUGAAGCCAUUCAGAAGCGCUCACUGGAUCGAUGAAAAAAUAAUUCCGGCUCUUAUCUGACCACUGUGGAUCCAUUCACAUACCAAGAGCAGGCCCUGGGACAUAGACUAGUAUGGCACAAUAAUGACCAUCUUCAGCAAUGUGCAGAUUUUCUUUGGGUGAAGACUGUAAGACUGAUGCGGUUGAAUUUGUUUCUUUUUGCGUAUCAAAUUUCUUUGCUACUGAAAAUGGCUAAAUGUAAUCUGUGGAGAGAAACCGAACAAUUUAAAGUGGCUCUGAACCCAUCCUGAGUUGUACUGUCUUGAUCACAUA